AUGUUUCUCUUAGUAUGGAAUUCAAAGCCUACUUCAUUCUAUGAUUUGCUUAAAGAAAAAACAACGAAUCUUCUUGUUUUGGUAUCCGGAAGAGUUGCAUCUGCAACAACCUUUAACUCCAAAGAUGGUGAUCUUUUGGGUGUUGUUUUUGAGAAUACGGUUAUCUUUGGGCAGGCUCUUAAAGUUGGUACCUCUUUGACUUUUGUUGGUGAGGCUGUUAGAGACAAAGCUGGUAAUCUCAUGAUUCAAAAAUCCAAGGAACAGUCUUUAAUAGUGUUUAGUGAAGAGAGCUCCUUUGAUGAGAUGGUUAAUAACAUGAAGUCACAGUCAGAGCUUUGUGUAAUACUCGCCAAGAUCUUCGGAUCUAUUGCUGUGGCUAUAGCCGUCGUGUACGGUGUGGAUUAUGCAAGAAAGGUUUUGUUACCAUUCGUGUGGAAGAAAAAGGACUUAGGUGACAGCAGUUCACAGAAUGGUAGCUCAGACAGCGAAGAUACCGACAUCAGUGAUUUCUAGGACUUUCUGGCAAGAAAAGUCUCAGGGAGAAGAAUUACGCAACGAAUUGAUUUCACAAAACACACUUGUAAUCUGUGUUUAGGCAAAUCUUAACGAGUAUUUGAAUCUAAUCAAGUAAUCAUGUCUAC